AUGGCGUACACUUUUAGUCCGUUGACGAACGAACGGUCCGUACGGAUGUUGAUCUUGGCCCCUGGGUCCAACGAUGACGUCCUUAGAGGUCAUUUAGAAGUUGUUGCUAUUGACAUUCUCGGGUCCUACGAAGCCAUAUCCUACGUGUGGGGCGGCUCGAACGAGAGACGCACCUUCGUUUGUGAAGGGUUGCCACUGUCCCUGACUACGAGUUUGUACCUAGCCCUGACGCGGCUGCGGCUGAAAGAUCGCACUCGUAGGCUAUGGGCAGAUCAAAUUUGCAUUGAUCAAGAGAAUCUGGAGGAAAGAGGGCAGCAGGUUCAGUUUAUGAAUCGGAUCUACCGUAGUGCUAGCCAUGUACUAGUCUGGCUAGGCCAGGACCAUAACCGCGCGGCUGCCACUUCCUUCAAACUCUUCAGAGACCUUUCCGAGAUCCAUCACAAUAAGGAAACGCAAGAAAAGACUGACUUGGAGUACCUGGAGCAUCAUGAAUAUCAGAGCGAGGCGGUAUGGGCUCCUCUUAAAGUCUUCACUAAUCUUGCCUGGUUUACGCGUGCUUGGAUCGUUCAAGAAAUCGGAACUCAAGCACCUGCUACAUUAUUUUGGGGCACCGAGGAGAUUGACUGGGAAUUGGUCUUUGGCGUCUGUGAAGCGUUGGCCUCCUAUCACGGCCUUCGAAAACGAUUUGACAUCCAGACUUCAAAGGUCAGAUAUGUUUUUCAGCGAUUUGUCGAGCCAGAAUGGACAUCGCGCCAUGCCAAUCGAUUCUGCUUCAUCUACGAGCUCCACAGAGCCCGUCACCUACAAGUGUCGGACCCGCGAGACCGCGUCUUUGCGCUCCUGGGCCACUAUUCGAUCCGCCAAAGAAGUGGUGAGGGGCUGAGGAGUUUGAAAGCCGACUACACUCGAUCCGUCGAUGACGUGUACAUUGACCUGGCCGCCAGGGCAUUAUACGAAGAUGCCAAAUCAUUAAUCACGCUGGCUGCUGUGCAAUAUUCGACUUUGGAGCUUGCUGGCGAAUCGGCACUUCCAUCAUGGGUACCGGACUGGAGACAGUAUUCAUCUCAUAUCCUUUCGGAACCAACAUGCUCCCACCGCGCGCAUGGAGGCACAAUCCCAAGACUGACCAUAGAUCUGGCGUCACGGUCGCUCGUCAUUCACGGCAUCAUUAUUGACAGCAUUGCGAAACACUCUGCUGGCAUACGACCGAAAUCAUUCUACGCCGAUGGUAAUGUUGAGUCGACUACUGUAGAGACCCUUUGGAGAGACGUCUGUGGCAAAAAUAAGUUUGGAUUUACAGAUAUGUAUGUCAACGGAGAAACCGCCCUAUUUGCCUUUCUGCAGACGCUCAGCAACGGAUGCGCGACAUUAAAAUGGAACUUGAACUCGGAUCAUCACGCUGCGCCGGCCGAGACAUGGCUCGCCUAUGGGGCAGCCUACUUGUCGCGACUCUUUGCCGGCACGGAAAAGAUAACCGACGAAAUACAAGACCGUGGUUCUAGCGGGGAUGCAAGUCAAUGGAUACGUGCUGCCAACAGUGCAUCUACAAAUCGCUCCCUGGCCGUGACAGACAAGGGAUACUACGUUCUUGGGCCCAAGGUUCUGCGAGAUGGAGACAUGAUAUGCGUUUUAUUUGGUGGCAAAAUGCCAUUCUGCCUUCGGCCUCGCGAGGAUGGCACCUAUUACCUUGUUGGGGAGUGCUAUGUUCAUGGCUUCAUGGAAGGGCAGGCUAUUGAUGAUUUGCAGCAGGGGCGGCGUGACGAAGCUAAAUUUACGAUAGUAUAA